CGGAGACACCAAGUCGGAAGUUGGAAUUCGCUACAUCCGGCAGCUGUGAGGCCGUUUAGCAGUCAAGCUAACGUCAUCCAAAUAGCGAAGAUACAAUAUUAUCCCACAUAUUUCCUUCGUGAUUGGAUACCUCUAAAGAGUAGAGAUGAUUAAAGCCAUACUCAUUUUUAACAACCACGGGAAACCGCGGCUGAUCCGAUUCUAUCAGUAUUUUGCGGAGGACAUGCAGCAGCAGAUAAUUCGGGAGACUUUCCACUUGGUAUCUAAGAGAGAUGACAACGUCUGCAACUUCUUGGAGGGCGGAAGUCUCAUCGGUGGCUCCGACUACAAGCUGAUCUACCGACACUACGCCACUCUCUACUUCGUCUUCUGUGUGGACUCAUCUGAGAGCGAGCUCGGCAUACUGGACCUGAUCCAGGUGUUCGUGGAAACGUUAGACAAAUGCUUUGAGAACGUCUGUGAACUGGACCUCAUAUUCCACAUGGACAAGGUCCAUUACAUCUUGCAAGAGGUAGUAAUGGGAGGCAUGGUGUUGGAGACCAACAUGAAUGAGAUCGUAGCUCAGGUGGAGGUGCAGAACCGCAUGGAAAAGUCGGAGGGAGGUCUCUCGGCCGCCCCCGCUCGCGCCGUCUCUGCCGUGAAGAACAUGAACCUGCCCGAGAUUCCCCGCAACAUCAACAUCGGAGACAUCAAUAUCAAAGUGCCGAGCCUCUCCCCGUUCUGAACAGGGCUCCAGCUGUGCCCCGCGGGGCUCGGGGUGCUACUGAUGCAGUCCUCCUCCACCCAACUGCGUGGUCAAUACUGAAAACACUGGUUUUUGUUUGUUGUUUUUUUUUUUUUUUGUAUAAAUGUACUAUACCACCACAGCAGCGUACUCUCCCCUUCAUUCCAAUCUUUUCACGUGUACGGGAGAGGAGCUGUGCUUUAUUCCGCUGUGUAUACGCUACAGAUGACGAAGGAGUUGCACAAUAAUGUAAAGUUUGAUUCUAAAAAGCAUAAAGUGUAAUCUUAUUGUAAUAAGCAUUUAUUCUGUUCUUUUUUUUUUUCUCCAUUUCAUUUAAUUUCCUGCUCUUUCCCAAUGAACUGUCUUAUCCAGUGCGUAAUUUCUCAAAGCGAAGCCCUUUCAAAUCUCUGAGGAUCGUCAGUCGGUUGUACUGAAUAAGUUUAGAAAAACAUUCUCUCGUGUCAGGAGGAGUUUUUUGGACUCCUUUCAGUUUCCUGUAGUACAAUCUUUUGGCUUCCGUUUUUUUGGCUAUAAUUACUCCGACACUGGCUCGUUUCUUGUCACGAUUUAUUUUGCCGACCCCGUAAUGUAUCUGGGCUCUGACAUACUCGUGAUUUGUGAAUAACGUUAUUGUUCUCCCGGGGACACAUUGUGCUCGGUGCAGACUGAAUGAUGUUCUGUUCGAGGCCAACUUUUAAUGUGCUGUGAUAGGGUCUUGCCAACAUCUGUUUAGCAAGGCGUCAGACAACAGUAACUUCAUCUGUCUUUUUUUUCUUUCUUUUUCCUUUUUUUAAAUGUUUGUAAAAAGUGUAUUUGUGUCACGUUGGAUGUAUAGUGGUCCGAUUAAUCAGGUUCAGACGUGGUAAAGUUUUGUCUUGAAAUCCUCUCAAGUCUUUCAAGGUAGGAGACUGGCCUCGGUGUCAAAGAUAUUUCUUGCCAAGGUUAAUUAAACUUAUUAAAACACA